AUCUUCUCUACAAAUGAAUUAGGUUCAUGAAAGCUUUCAGCUGGGCUCAUCAGCUGAGAUGAAUGUGAGGAACAGUGUAAGGUUUUGCAAAUUACGUCACGGGGAUUCUCUCAGCUGAAAAAUGGUGAAGCUUGUUAUGUUUGAUCUCGGGGGUGUCAUCAUUACAAGUCCUAUCUUUGCAUUUCAGAAAUAUGCGUGGGAAAAAGGAAUUGAGAGAGAGGUGAUAAUAAAAAGCUUCAUUGACAAUGCAAAAAGACUUGAAACAGGUCAAGUUUCCCUUUCUCAGUUCUGCUCUGAAAUGGAUGCAAUGUAUGCAGAGUAUGCUUCAAAACAAGAGAGUGAUCUCUACAAGUCUAUAAGCUUCCAAGACAUUAUAGAUGAGUACUCCUCAUCAGCAAAAGUAAUUCCAGAAAUGCUUAAUGCUGCAACAGCUCUGAGGAAGCACGGUAUCAAGACUUGUAUCCUGACAAAUAAUUGGACCAACGACUUAGUGAAGAACUUCAGAUCAUUGCCUUUUCCACAAUUGCUUCACUACUUUGAUGAGGUGUUUGAAUCAUGUAAAAUUGGUCUCAGUAAACCUGACCCAGAUAUUUAUACACAUGUCUGCUCAAAGAUGGGAGUGCAACCUUCAGAGGUGAUAUUUCUGGAUGAUUCCCCUCAAAAUCUCAAACCAGCAAAAGGAAUGGGAAUGUUAACCAUUCUUGUGAAAAAUCCUGUUACAGCUCUCAGUGAUCUUAAAAAGAUAACAGGAAUUGAUGUUUUUCAGCAGUAUGCAGUGGAACCUUGUGCUCCUCAUGAUGCUGUUCACUGCUACAUCAAUCUUAAGACAGGUAUCAGGAUGCAUUAUGUGGAAAUGGGACAUGGACCUGUUGUUAUUUUGCUUCAUGGUUUCCCUGAAUUGUGGUAUAUUUGGAAAUAUCAGAUCACAGCUCUGGCCCUUGCUGGAUACAGAGUCAUUGCCCCAGAUCUUCGAGGGAUGGGGCAAACAUCAAGUCCAUAUGAGCUUGAGGCCUAUGGAAGGGAACAUGUGUGUGCUGACAUUGUUGCUCUGAUGAAUUCAUUGUACAUUCAACAAGCCACAAUAGUGGGUCGUGAUCUUGGUGGUUUUAUUGCCUGGGACCUUAGCCUUCAUUACCCUGAGAGGAUCCUGGCUGUGAUAAACAUGACACCAUUCAUUCCCUCUUUUUCAACCAUGAACCCACUGGAAAGACUGCAAGCCAACCCAGGAGUGUAUCAGUAUCAACUUUACUUUCACAAGGAGGGUGUUCCAGAGAAAGAACUUGAGAGAGACUUUGAAAGAACAUUUGUCAUGCUAAUGAGAGGCGCUAAUGAUCAUCAGAAACUGAAAUGGAGUACCUAUGAUGUGCUUGAAAGAGGUGGACUUUUUACUGGGCUGCCAGAAAAAGUGGAGAAAAGCUGGAUUCUAACUAAUGAUGUCUUGAAGUAUUUGGUGGAAAUGUACAACAAGACAGGAUUUAGGGGGCCAUUGAAUUGGUACAGAACAAUGGAAAAAGACUGGAAAUGGAAUUGUAAGGUAUCUGGCCGUAAGGUGCAACAACCAAGUUUAAUGAUCACAGUAGGAAGGGAUGUCCUCAUAAAACCUCAGUUCUGUGUCAAAAUGGAUCAAUGGAUUCCUAGACUAGACAGAGCACACAUAGAGGAGGCAUCACAUUGGGUAACACUUGAAUGUCCGUUGGAAUUGAACAGAAUCAUGGUGGAUUGGUUGAACAAAGUUCAUGCAACACAAUCUUAUUUCUCCAAGUUGUAACACAAAUAUAUGAUAAGAGAAUGUUUGAUGAUGUGUGAAAAAGAAAAUUGACAGCAUAUCUAUACAUGGAAUAAGCUUUCAUCGACAAUUCUUUGUAACACAACUUGUGGAAGUUGUAAUUUGUUGCAUAUGGAAAUGCUUGUUGAUUGGUGGCAAAGAGAGAUCACAUAGAUCUUCUAGGCAAAAUCCAUAGGUUCUUCCUGGACACUCAGAAUUUUAAGUUGUUAAAUUAUUUUUGAGAGAAAAGUAUUGAAGGGACAUUGAGAGAGGUUGGGAGACAUUGAAUGUAUAUUUUUACAUCCUUAGCAUGGAAAAAAAAAACUAAAACCUACAUGGGAAAUUUAAUAAUUUGUACUGUUACAAAUGUACUUGAUGCAAGUAUUUUCAUUAAAGGCAGUUCAUUCUUUCACUUCCAA